UUACAUAUGAUGUAUGCGAAGUAAUGCUAAAAGUAUAUUUCGCUAUAAACUAAAAAUCUCUUUUAACAUUUUAUACACGAACGCAUUCUGUAGGUUGGUGUGCUAGAGAAAUGUAACAUGGUCCUGUUAAAGGACAGCAGUGUUUACUUUCAGACAAUUCAGCUCCGCUCUCAAAAUUACUCAGACAUUCAGAAUGCCACCCUAGAUCAACAAACAGAGAAGAGCUACAGAACGAGUUUCAUUUAUCAUUUACUAGUUUUUAAAACUUUAAUUAAAACUUUAGCUGGAAAAAAGAACCUUCUGGAUGGAUUAUAACAGCAAGCAUUCUCUGUCAGUCUGGCUUGGUUCAAGUUGAACGUCAUUAUAAGGAGUCACCAAAGGGUUAGUCAAUGGACAAGCGAUUUGGUGGAUUGGAGUUCACAUUAUGGAUGCACUGGUGUUUUGCUUCUGCUUGGCGCUUGGACUAAUACAUGCUAUGGAGGACGAGGUUCUCAAACGACGCAGAGUUCCCCCACAUAUUGUUUUUGUGAUGGUGGAUGACCAGGGUUACAAUGACAUUGGGUACCAUGGCUCGGAGAUCCACACGCCCAUGUUGGACCAGCUGGCCGGCGAAGGGGUGAAGCUGGAAAACUACUAUGUUCAGCCCAUCUGUUCCCCCUCACGCAGCCAGCUUAUGACUGGACGGUAUCAGAUUCACACCGGGCUUCAACACUCGAUCAUCCGUGCACGGCAGCCCCUCUGCUUGCCCCCCGACAUACCGACGCUCCCCGGGAGGCUCCGUCAGGCUGGCUACAGCACUCACAUGGUAGGAAAAUGGCACCUGGGUUUUUGCAGGCCCGAGUGUCUGCCAACAAGCCGUGGCUUUCAAAGCUUCCUCGGAUCGCUGACGGGCAGCGGAGACCAUUUUAGCUUCCAAAGCUGUGACGGUACAGAGGCCUGUGGGUUCGACCUGCAUGAUGGAGACCGGCCUGCCUGGGAGCUGAGUGGAAAUUACUCAACAAGGAUUUACACUGAAAGGGUGAAAGAAAUCUUGAGAGGUCAUGACCAGCGGACGCCCCUGUUUCUAUACGUGGCCCUCCAGGCCGUGCACACGCCAUUGCAAGCUCCUGGGCAUCUUCUCAGACGCUACCAGAACCUUGGCAACAGACCUCGGCGCCACUAUGCCGCGAUGGUGAGCGGCGUAGACGAGUCAGUAGGGGAGAUUGUCAGUGAGCUGCGGGAGCGAGGCUACUACGACAACUCGGUGCUCAUCUACUCUUCAGACAACGGGGGCCAACCGCUCUCAGGAGGCUGUAAUUGGCCCCUGCGUGGCGGGAAAGGCUCCUACUGGGAAGGUGGAGUUCGAGCUGUUGGUUUUGUACACAGCCCACUUUUGAAAAGGAAGGGAGUGGUGAGUCAGGCUCUGAUUCACGUCUCCGAUUGGUACCCAACCUUGCUGUCUCUUGCAGGAUACAGACAAUCUGAUUUGAGCCACUUGGACGGGCAAGAUGUUUGGGGUGCAAUAAGUAGCGGGCUGCCCUGUCCACGAACUGAAAUCCUCUUCAACAUUGACCCAGUGUCCCGCAGGCAUGGAGAAAGUGACCCAAGACUCUUAAAUCUUAAUGGUUUUGGCAUCUGGGAUACAGGAGUGCGUGCAGCCAUCCGAGCUGGGGACUGGAAACUUCUGACGGGGAACGUAGGCGACGGAGACUGGUUUCCUCCGCAGACGAUGCCGGGAGGUCCCCAGCAGUGGCAGGGGAUGGAAAAGAGACGGGACCAGCGAGGGAAGUCUGUCUGGCUUUUCAACAUCACUGCUGAUCCCUAUGAAAGGGUUGAUUUGGCAGAGGCACGGCCUGAGGUGGUGAAGAUGCUGUUGACCCGACUUGCUGAGUACAACCGGACUGCCGUGCCUCCUCGCAAUCCACCUGACGACCCGAUGGCUGACCCGCAACUUCACGGAGGGGUGUGGACUCCCUGGCUCGGUCAGGAAGAGGCAGGAGAUGAAGGGGAUAAUGAAGAACCGGACAACAUCAACAGAAAGCCCAGAUCCAAGAGUACCUGCAGAGUCUGCAAACUCAAGGCCUUGUUCAAAAAGGUCGGUACCCAUAUGCAAAGGGCUGCUUUGUUCUUGUAGUCAAUUUGUGAUACACUGGCAGUGUGAAAAUAUGAGCAGCGACUUUUAACCGUUUAUGUCCUUCCUGUGUUAUUAUGCAGAGGUUAAAAAUGACACCUACCAGCAAUGAGUAUAUUAGGCACAAGUUCCCAUCUGUAUGAUGCAGUGGAUUUAACGGAAAAGUUCAGAUCACCUACCUUUAAUGGAACUUUAACAGGAACAGCCUGAAUUUGAUCACAUGUGAUUCCACAAGCACUUAAUGUAGAUAUCGUUGGAUCUUUAUUAGAUGAUCCAGUUAUAUGAAUACAGAAAAUGUUGUAAGUAGCAGCACUGAUUUAAUAGGAAAUAAUACAGCACUUAUAUUGUUCUUCACUUGCUUGUGGACCAGUGUUCUCUUAUCCACCCCCUGGUUCACUUUCUCUCAUCUAUCUGUUCUUUCUCUGACAUGCCUCUGCUUUGCACUCCUCCUCACGCCUCUCUCAUUCUCCUACCUUUUGCUUUAAUGCUUGCGCUCUAUCCAAAUCUGCUCUGCCAUUGCCCACCACAACCAGAAUAACACACGAUUCUUCAUUGUUUCUGCGCUUUUUCCUCCACCUGUUCCUCAUCCUCUUGCAUUCCUUCUCAGUUUGAGUAGAUCAGGUCAGUGCAGAUGUAGAAGCAAGAACAUCAGAGCAAGUAAAAGAGCGAUAAAGUAAGUUCUUUUAUGUAAAACGAGGGCUAUUUGAGGAGGAGGAAGAUCACUCUUGGGUAUGAAGGCUGUGCGCUUUUAUACGAGACAUUCUUGGCCUGUUCAUCUCCCGGUUUCAAGAGACUUAACUCAAAUCACAGGAUGUGAUGAAACGUGCUCUGUAUUCAAUGUAAUGCAUAUUUCAAAAUAACAGUUUAGAAAUAUUUUCAAUGUUUAACUCUUUCCUUGCCAAACACAGAAUUUCCUUAUAUUUA